UCUGGUUUAUAAUAAGAUAUCCCUUCAAUUCAUUCAUGCACACACAAGCACAACUCAUCUUCUUUCUUUCUGCAUUGUGCAGUAACUUUUCCCAAACCUCUUUUCCUCCACUUAAAAUGGUUGAUAAUAAGCUAUUCAAAUAUGUUUCCUUAGUACUUUUGGUGCUUAAUUUUUGUAUGUAUGUCAUUGUGUUGAGCAUUGGUGGUAAUGCUCUCAACAGAGCCAUUGACUAUGGCUUUGUCAUUGGUCCUGAUUUUCAUCGUCCGGAUCAUUUCGCGCCAAUAUACUUUCCAUUUGGGAACGAGGCAACCGGGUUUUUUGUCACGUUUGCAGUGUUGGCCGCGGUGAUUGGAAUCGCUUCAGUCGUGGCAGGGAUCAACCAUAUCCGGUUUUGGACCGCCAAGAGCUUACCAUCUGCAGCUAGUGCUGCCAUUAUUGCCUGGACUCUCACACUCCUUGCUAUGGGCUUUGCUUGCAAAGAGAUUGAACUCGAAUCCAGAAACUCCAGGCUGAGAACAAUGGAGGCAUUCAUAAUCAUCCUUACAGCCACGCAGCUUUCAUAUGUAGUGGCCAUUCAUAGCAUUGUUAUAACAACAUAAUAAUGAGUUUUUGAGAGUUGAGACUGAACUGAAGUGGAUUUUGUUUUGAUUUGAUUUGCUUUGUUUUGGUUUAUUUAUUUUUGUACUUUAUUUUCACUAUCUUUCUCUUCUUUUCUUAGCCAAAAUCUUGCUAGGAGUUUUGGCACUUUACUGUGUGAUUUUGUUUAUUAUCAUAAACAUGUAUCAAAUUAUUUUUGCAGAUUAAUGAGUUUUGGCACAUAA